GUUUCCGGUCGGAGGCCUUUGCGGAGCGCCCCGCGUCCCUGGGGGGCGGCGGCGGUGGCGGAGGCGGCAGCCGAGGCAGCGGGGGGGAUCCGGAAGUCAACACCAUGUCGAGCCUGCACAAGAGCCGCAUUGCAGAUUUCCAGGAUGUCCUGAAGGAACCCACGAUUGCCUUGGAAAAGCUUCGGGAACUCAGUUUUAGCGGCAUCCCCUGUGAGGGCGGACUGCGGUGCCUCUGCUGGAAGAUUCUCUUGAACUACCUCCCCUUGGAGAGAGCCUCGUGGACCUCCAUCCUGGCCAAGCAGAGGGAGCUCUAUGCUCAGUUCCUGAGGGAAAUGAUCAUCCAGCCUGGCAUUGCCAAGGCCAACAUGGGUGUGUCCAGGGAGGAUGUGACCUUCGAGGACCAUCCCCUCAACCCCAACCCCGACAGCCGGUGGAACACGUACUUCAAGGACAACGAGGUGCUGCUGCAGAUCGACAAGGACGUCCGGAGGUUGUGUCCCGACAUCUCCUUCUUCCAGAGGGCUACCGAGUACCCCUGCCUCCUCAUCCUAGAUCCCCAGAAUGAGUUCGAGACCCUUCGUAAGCGGGUGGAACAGACGACGCUGAAAUCCCAGACGGUGGCCCGGAACCGGAGUGGGGUCACAAAUAUGAGCUCCCCGAACAAGAACUCGGCAUCCUCGUCCGUGAGCAAGUAUGAGGUGCUGCCCAACGGCUGCGAGGCCCACUGGGAGGUGGUGGAGCGGAUUCUGUUCAUCUACGCCAAGCUCAACCCGGGCAUUGCCUACGUGCAGGGCAUGAAUGAGAUCGUGGGCCCCCUCUACUAUACCUUUGCCACCGACCCCAGCAGCGAGUGGAAAGAGCACGCUGAGGCAGACACCUUCUUCUGCUUCACCAACCUCAUGGCGGAGAUCCGGGACAACUUCAUCAAGAGCCUGGACGACUCGCAGUGUGGCAUCACCUACAAGAUGGAGAAGGUGUACUCCGCCUUGAAGGACAAGGACGUGGAGCUCUACCUGAAACUGCAAGAGCAGAACAUCAAGCCCCAGUUCUUCGCCUUCCGCUGGCUGACACUGCUGCUGUCCCAGGAGUUCUUGCUGCCUGACGUCAUCCGGAUCUGGGACUCGCUCUUCGCCGACGACAACCGCUUUGACUUCCUCCUCCUGGUCUGCUGCGCCAUGCUCAUACUGAUCCGGGAGCAGUUGCUGGAAGGGGACUUCACCGUGAAUAUGCGGCUCCUGCAGGACUACCCCAUCACAGACGUCUGCCAGAUCCUACAGAAAGCCAAGGAGCUCCAAGACUCACAGUAGCCUUGCGGCAAGAGGCCUGAGUUUGGGAGAGAAGCCGCCGCUGACGCCGCCGCCACCACCACCACCACCUAUGUCCUGACUCCUGGGACGCACAGGAGCCUAUGGGGUCCCAGCUGGAGGGGCUGCUGCAGGAUAGGCCUGCUGCAGGCCUUGCACCCUGGCUGCGCCCACUGGGGCACACUGUGCCACGCCCCUUACCAACCGCUGAGCCUGGCCCUGGCCUGCUUCCACCGGGACCCUUUGCCCAGGCUGCUGAGCAAGGCAGGAGCUCGUGACAUUGUUGCCUGGGGCUGGGGCAGACCGAGGGCCCUGGGGCUGGUGAGGGUCCCUCCCGGCCUCUGCCCUGCUGCUCCCCUCCUCCUCUCCUGCUCUGUCCCCUGGGGUCUGGUUGGGGAGGUGCUUGGCCAACGAGCCAGAAGCCACCUCUUCUGGAGGCUGGUGCUUGGGCUUCUCUAUGGGGAAGGUGACACUGUGAAGGAGCUAAGAGUCUGCCAGACCCAGUCACACCCUCUGUCCCAUUCCCACUGAGUGUGUGUGUGUGUCUUAAUUCCCCAGGCGUCUGCUUCUCCUUGGUCCGUGUGUCUGUGUGUCCAGAGGCAGGUGAAUCCCUCUAGGUCUCCUUGUCUGUCUCCUCACCUCUCCACCUCUGCCUCCAUCCCUCUACCUCCUCCACAGAGGGUGUGUGUGGCUCUCGCUCUGUCUGCCCUUCUCUCUUGGGGUGCCUUAUCCCUGCCUCUUCUCUCUUCUCCUCCCAACACCCAUGAACCCUGGAGACAGAAUGAAGAGUCUGGCUCAGCAGAGCUUCUGGAGGUCAACCUUGGCCUUUGCAGCUUGUUGCCGUCCCCCAGCUCUCCACUCCCAGUGCCUCCCCACCACAAAAUUCUUGGAAACCCAAAGCUCUGAGAAUUGGCCAGUGAAGCUGCCCGGUGAGGCGGGGUGGAGCUAGCUGAGUCUCCCAGAGGUUCCCCCAAAGGCCCAUCUCUCCCAAAGGAAAAGGACAUUAAUGCGAUCCUGUGCUGGGGCUUGGGAUCCAGGUGCUUCUGAGGCAAAGGUAUUCAUUCCUAUGGCUACUGGGUCUGGGCCCAGGGCAGGUGAGCCCCAUACAGGGCAAGUGGGACCAGAGGGAGCCUCUCUGGGCCAGGCGGAGCUGAGCUCGAUGGCUGGGUGCCAUCAGGGCCGGGAGAGCCACGUCUCCCCCAGGCAGGGGAGCUGAAGGAGGUGCUGGCCCUCAUAUGGUCACGUGCUUGGGCUGCUCCGGGAUCUGGGGCAGGUGUAUCCUGGAUAGGAGCAGCUGGCAGUUCCCACUGCUGGGCUGUGGGAAGGGUUGGCUUGUUCCGACCUAGUACCCUCCUCGUUUAAGGAGGCAGGUGGUUUGUGCCUGGAAGGCUGGGUCAUGUAGCAUGGGACCUCUUCAUCUCAGACUGGCCAGCAGGGGCCCCCAGCCACACACACCCCCCCCAAGCCUUCCUGAGUCAUGGCCAGGAUUUGUGGAUGGUGGCCAGGAACGGCUUCCCCCAGGCAGCUCUUGUCCAAGCUGUCCCUUGGAUGCUUGUAGGACUUCAUGCACUUGCCUUUAUGCCUUCUCCUCUUCCAACAAGGUAUUUGAGAGAUUUUUGCUAUUUAUUCAGAUUCCUAGUUAUUUAUUGCGAUUGGCAAGUGCUCGAUUUGAUGAAGGGUGGGGCUGGAAGGGUAGAAACAAGUUGGGGUCAGGGUCUUCCUGACCUCACCAAGUCAGAGUCAGCAUCCACUCUUCCCGCCUCUGGGACCUUCCUGAUUUUCCAGGAGGUCCUGGCUGGGAGGACUCUGUGAGAGGACUAGGUGUGAGGGAGACAACAGCUGGGAUCCUUGCCAGAGCCCAAGACCCCGGCUCAGGGCAGAGACAUGGCUGCCCAGCAGCCUGGCUCACCCUUUUCCCAGAACUUUUUGCUGGUGGUUCAGUCCUAACUUGAUCCCUUCACAGCCUGGGGCCCAGCAGACACUGCCCAGGACACCUGAUGCAUCCCCUCUUGCCCGUCCCUCUGCCUUCCCUCCCGGGGCCCCACUACUUGAAUCACUGCAUCUAAUUUGUCUAAGUGGCAGGAACUGGGUCCACUGCCCUGUCUUUGAUCUUGCGAUGAAGGUCAGAAGAGCACAGGGACCAUGUCCAGUUAGGCUGAGCUCCCCAAUGGGAUACUGCCCAAGGAAAAAAACUGCCCUUGGCAAUUCCCCCUCCCUAGACUCAAGGGAGGUCCCCAGAGAGCCAGAGACCCCCCGGGCUUCCUGCUCGGGAAGCUGCCCCCAGGACUUUGGAUACUUACAGAAUGGCUGUUUGAGUUCAGCUGGUCUCACUCCAAGGGUUAGAAUGUUAGUCUGCUUUUGUUUUUUCAUUUGUUUUGUUCUUUGAAUCAGUGCUGUUGAUGACAAGUUGUCUUUAAUAAAUCAUGUGUUCUUUGCA